AUGAAGUUCCUCCAGAUAACGCUCCUCUUCUGCGUCACCUCGUUCGUCGCUUCCGCGCCGCCCCUGUCUCCCUCCACCGAUCUCUCGCUGCGCGACGCCCUUCCCCUCGACCCCUUCAAUUACCUCGAGAAGCGCAAAGGUGGCGGCGGUGGCAAAGGCGGUGGAGGAAGCAGCGGCUCCUCUGGGAGUUCCAGCGGCGGGCGCACAGGUUCUGGAAGUUCUUCAGGAGGCUCUUCCACAAGACCAAACGGAGUGCCGUACUCCUUCUCUCCCGCAUCCAAUGUCGGCGGCCGCACGCGUGACGGUUCGGGGACACCCAAGGCAUACGGGGGCAGAUACACGGGCGGCGCGGUGGUUCCAUUCACUGCCGGCAAGCGCUCGCCGACGCUGGGCGUUGCGCCGUUCUUUAUCGGCGCGGGCGCGCUGGCCUUCUUCCCAGGCCUGUGGCUCUACGGCAGCGUGUGGGGGUAUCCAUAUGGCUUUCCGUACCACUGGACUGACCCCGACGGGAGAAACCGCACCUCGAACGUGACGUGCCUGUGCCAACAGUACCAGGUGUGCGGCUGCGAUCCCAACGACAACUCGACCUUUUUGACCCAGGUGGUCACCAACGGGAGCUCGACACCCGUCGCGCCCGUCAACACCAGUACGGUGAGGACCGUCACCUUCAGCAACGGCUCAACCAGCACAUAUAUCAACGGCAGCCUGGCGAACGGCACCACCGCCGACGGUGGCACUGAUCCGAGCGAUCCGUCCCAGGUCAGUGCCAGUGUCCGCAUGGUCGUCGAGUUGAGUGGUUAUUGGGUCAUGCUCGUGAUUGUGGGCUGGGGUAUGUGGAUGGUAGCCUAG